AUGGAGUACCUCUCAUUGGAAAUACUAUUAUCUUUUUGCUUCAUAGCACUCUAUUAUCUCUAUUAUAAGAAGUUUAGAUUCUUUGUAAUAGAGGAGAAAAAGAAAGAAAACAUUAUUAGACACAAAUAAACAAGAGGCAAGUGCCCCCCUUCAUAUCCAAAUGGAUGGUAUCGGCUUUGUAGAAGUACAGAAUUGAAGAUUGGAUAAGUGGAAGAAAUAAAACUUGCUGGUCGUCACAUAGCUUAUUAUAGAGGUACAGAUAAAGUAGUUUAUGCUGUUGCUGCUUAUUGUCCACAUAUGGGAGCUAAUCUUGGAAUUGGAGGAUAAGUUAGAUUCAAUUCCUGUAUUGAAUGUCCAUUCCAUGGAUGGACAUUUGAUGGAAAAUCUGGAUUAUGUGUCAAUUCUGAAAAAUUAGAUCCUAAAAUUGUAUCAACAUAUUGUUACAAUAAUAUUCAAAAUAUGGAUCCUAAUAAGAAAGGAGAAUAUUUACAAAAAGUAGAAGAAGGAGAAAUCAAAAUAAAAACUUAUCUCAUUAAAGAGAUUAAAGGAAUGGUCUAUAUAUGGCUCCAUUGUUUAGAAGCAAAACCAUGGUAUGAUCCUAUGGUUGAGAAAUGUGAUCAUUUGUAAUUAAGAGGAGAGAGCAUCAACUACAUUAACUGUCAUAUUCAAGAGUUUCCGGAAAAUGGAGCAGAUAUUCGCCAUUUUGAUUAUAUUCACGCAUCAGUUAGUGAUUUUAUUCCUACUUGGCUUAUUAAAUUUAAAUGGAACAUGAAAAGCAUGUCUGCAAAUGAUCCAGACUUUUAUAAAAAAAUGGAACACCCUAAAGAAAAGAUCAGAAAUUAUUAAAAGUAAUUAUUCGAUCAUUAUUUGUCAAAUAAAGAUUUAAGACCAUAUAUGAAUGUAUUAUGUUUAGAUGGAUCUCUGAUGUUCUUUAAUAAAUGGAAAAUUAAUGCAUUAUAUAUAACAGGAUUUUAAAUGGGGCCUGCCACAAUCUAAUUAUAUAUUUUAUCUAGUCUAUUUGAGGUUUUCUAUAAAUAAGCUUUGCAACCUGUCGAAAAAUUCAAUCAAAAGGUUUUCUUAACAUUACACAUAAAUUCUUAUUUACCUUAUUGGCUUAGUGCAUAUAUUUUAUCAGGAGGGUUGAGAUAGAUUAUUUCAGAUGUAAGUGUGUGGGAUAAUAAAAUAUUUGCAGCUUAAAGUUGCUAUAAUUUAAAAGGUGAUGCUGAUCCUGUAUUAAUGAGAUGGAGAUAAUGGUAUUCGUAAUUUUAUGAGGGAUCAAGAGAUUUUGAAUAAAAAUUAGAUUCAUUAGAAUGGUGA